GUGUGCGGUGCCGGCCGGUAGCCACAGAGGCCGCUCUGCUGCCGUCCCGCCCCUUCUCCAGGGUUUACGCGGUGGCUUUCACAUCCCUCGCCCAGGGUACGCGCUCUGCACCUGCCGGCCCGAAAACAUGUUGCGGAAACCCGAGAGCGGGGGUCUCCCCCUCCCUCAGGCCAAGGGGGAGAAGGAAGGCGGCCAUGCUGCUGAGCCCCAGGCCCGGACCGCCUCGCGGGUGGAGGCCCCGAGUCGAGUCGCGUCCUGCGGGACAACCCCAAGGAGGACGUGGCGCGGUGAGGGAGAAGGGGAGAAGGGAUCCGCGGUGCCCAACAUCUGUCGGAAAGGAGCGAGGGUCUUGGUAGCCAGAGUUUUGGCACGGCAGCGCGCUCUGAAUCAGACCGUGGCGGAGUUGGUGCAGUUCCUGCUGGUGAGAGACAAUCCCAUCACACGCUCCGGGAUGGUAAAAUGUGACAUUGGAGACUCGAAGGAUCUGUUCCCGGAGAUGAUCGCAAGGGCCGCAGAACAUCUGCGGUAUGUCUUUGGUUUCCUGCUGAAACAGUUUGACUGCAAGCACCACACUUACAUCCUGAUGAACGGACUAAAACCUCAUGAGGAGGAGGACCUGGGAGGAGAUGGCCCCAGAUUUGGUCUCUUAAUGCUGAUCUUGGGCCUUAUCUACAUAAAGGGUAGUAGCGCCAGGGAGGCCCAGGUCUGGGAUAUGCUCCGUCGGUUGGGGGUGCGUCCCUCAAAGUAUCACUUCCUUUUUGGGGACCCGAAGAGGUUUAAUGAAGAUUUUGUUCAGCAGUGAUACUUCAAUUACAGGCGGCUGCCACACAGAAUAUCAUAUUCACCAGAGUAUGAAUUCUCUUGGGGUCCCUGAAGCACUGAAAUCAGUAAGAUGGAAGUUCUGGGGUUCGUGGCUAAACUCCAUAAGAAAGAACCCCAGCACAGGCCAGCACAGUAUAGUGAGCUGGCAGACAGGGCUGGAGCUGAGGCCAGGAUGAGAGCUAGGGUGAGGGCCAGUGUUCGCUGCUGGUUGGUAAAAAAGUGGCCCCAAGGACCCAGAGUUAUGGAAGCUACUGUCUUCGAUCAAAAGUCAUAUAGGUAGGGUGAGGGUCAUUAUUUUUGUAGAAAUGGUGUAACUUUAAGGAUAUAGGUUUUAUAUCUUGUUACGUUUUUGUUUAAUAUACUGUUAAAAUAUUCAUAAGAGAUGGGUCUACUUUGUUCUGUAGGAUUUUGUUGUAGAGUUUUGCAAAAUGUAUAGAAAAACUAUUCUGUCGUUUUGAACGGAUUAUGCAGCAUUGUUUGAAGGACCUCAGCAGUAUGAUGAUCUGGUACCAGGAAAAACACCAGGUGAUUACUAUCUAGUCUCCCAACUUUUUAGCCAUUAAAAAAGACUGACAUGUACCUCUA